AUGCAGGAUAGUAUCCUUGACAAAGGUACCGAGAACAAUCAAACGAAGGAGGACGAGGAUCGAACGAAGCAGCUGAAUGAUAGGUUGCAGCAAACGCAAACGAAACUGUACGAGUCGAAGAACACUUGCGCCAGUUUGAAGCAGGAAAUUAACAAGUUGCAUAAGUUACUGUACAGCGAGGUGGGCGAAAACGCGAACAUAAAUAAUCUAUUGAAUCAAUCGGGUGGAUGGCGAGGACGGGCCGAGCAGAUUCACUUGUUGCAACAGAAAGUAACAGAAUUGCAAUCGAGAUUGUCCGAUUACGAGGGGACCCAGAAGACUUUCAUUGACCGGAAGAAUCUCGCGAAUCUUCGGAACGUCGAGAAGGAACGACGACAACAGAUCGAAAACUCCGCGAAACAGCUUCUCCAAUCGGAGGUCGCUAUCGAGGGUUACAAAAGGAAGCUCGAUGCUUCGAAGGCGAGGAUAAAAGUGCUGGAGAACGAAUUGAACGCGGCGAAAGGGAGCGUUGCAGUUUUAAACGAAAAAAGAUACCACGACGACCAAUUGAUCGAGACUCUCAGCAGUCGACUGAAAACGAUGGAGAUCAGGCAUCAGGAAAGGCAAACUGAUAUGAAGAACAGGGAGGAGAAGAUAGAACGCGAGUGCAGUAACUUGAAGAACGAUUUACAGUCCGCACAGCUUCAGAUCGAUCGGCUGAGAAGAAGAUUAGAAGAACGGGAGAUCGAGAUAGACAAACUAAGAGAUGGAAUCGUUCCUAAUAUCGGGUCGUUCAAAGCUCAGAAAGUUACGCAACCAGAAAUCUACUUAAAUAGCUUCAACCAUAGUCCCCCACAGAGUUCCAGAAGCACGGCUGACCCCAACGAGUAUGUAACACUCGCCCUUGCCGCUGAAGCUGAAAGGGAGAGAUUGUUGGAGCUGGUUACUGUGUUGAACAGACGAUUGGAUAAAGAAAGUACCGAUGCUGUUACUCUUGCUAAUUCCUUGCGCGACGAACGAAACAAAUCAGCGAAAUUAGAAUCGAGGCUCCGAAGAUUAGAGACCGAAAGGGCCGGAAUCGUGAGGAUCGACACAAGGUACAGAUCGAAACUAUUGUCCAGAUCGUUGAAAGCUAACGAUGAGUUUAUCAACGCGGAAGAAACGCGACUCAAAAUGGAGUUACUUCAGGAAGAAUGUCUUGCGUUGAAGGCGAGAUUGGACACGGUACAACAAGAUAAAGCAUCGGACCUUAUUAUGUACAAACGGAUGCUCGAUGAGGUUAGAAAAAUCUUUCAGGACGCGUGCAGAGGGAAACCACCGCCUACUGUUGGCAGCCGUUCAACGAUCACGGUGUAG